UGGAAGUGUCCAGCCCACCUGAGAUGCGGCUCCAUCAGACGCGCGUCAGACGCAAAGUGGGAGGACUGCGCAUGCCCAAGACAACUUAACGUGAACGCCGCUUCACGUCUCAAGACAUCUCUCUCACAGAAACCAUCAUGGGCAGUUAAUGAAAACACAUUUACAGUCUGUUGUGCGGCAGGCAGAAGGUUAGUAAUACCUUGGAGAAUACCCUCAGUUACUGAGCUUGGGCAGGUAAGCGAUUUUCUUCCCCGCACCAUGGCUGAAGAAGACUAUGGUACCUUUGUGGACUGGACCCAGAUGGGUGACCUGGCCAAGAGCAGCGGGUCCACAAAGGUAGACUGCAAAGACCUGAAAGAGUUCAAACAGAUGGCUCGCCAGGGUUACUGGGCCAAGAAUCACAAAUUACGAGCUCAAGUCUACCAGCAGCUGAUCAAAACCAUCCCCUGUCGCACAGUCACCCCCGAUGCAGAUGUGUAUCGGGACAUUAUUGGAGAUGCGGCCAUGAAGAAGCCCUCCUCUCACAUCCCGCUGCCAGAGUUUGUGGAUGAAAAUCCCGUGCCGCGGUACUGUCUGAAGGCCGAGGGUGUGGCCUCUGCCCAUCGGAUCAUCAACUGCGUGGCUGGACAGUUUCCAGACAUCUCCCACUGCCCAGCUCUGCCAGCCGUCACCUCAUUGCUCCUUCACUUCAGUGUCGAUGAAGCUCAGUGCUUUGAGCACGUCAGCCGCAUACUGGCCUGCAACGAGCCCGGAAAACGACUGCUGGACCAGACUUUUCUGGCCUUUGAGUCCAGCUGCAUGACCUUUGGCGACUUGGCCAACAAGUAUUGCCCCGCUGCUCACAAACUGAUUGUGGCCACAGCCCAGGAUGUGCUGGAGGUCUACGCCGACUGGCAGCACUGGGUGCUCGGUGAUCUGCCCUUUAGCCACGUGGUCAGGGUUCUAGAUGUCUACCUCGUAGAGGGUUAUAAAGUCCUCUACCGUGUGGCUAUAGCCCUGCUAAAGUUCUACCGCAAGCAUAAAGCAGGAGGUCAGGGGGGGCAAGGGAGCCAGCAGACACAGGAUUCUGCGAAGAUUAGGGCAGAUAUUCAGACCUUCAUCAAGGGUAUCGCCUCCACCGUCACACCGGACAAGCUGCUGGAGAAGUCCUUCUCCAUCCGCCUGUUUAGCCGCAAGGAGAUCACGCUGCUGCAGCUCACCAACGAAAAGUCACUGCAACAGAAAGGAAUCACAGUCAAACAGAAGCGGCGGAACGUGCAGCUGGCACUUAACCCGGAAACAUUCUCCUCGGAGAUUGUGAGUGCCAAGGAGAUGCAUGACAUCUGGUCCUGGAUCCCUGAACGCUUUGCUCUGUGCCAACCUCAACUCCUCUUCACUACCUCCAACCAUGGUUGCAGCCUUAACAGAUUCUACUCCCAUUGUGAGGGCUACGAGCCCACGUUGCUACUCAUCCGGACCACAGAAGCAGAUGUAUGUGGAGCCUUUCUGUCCUCAGACUGGGAGGAGCGAAAGAGAGGGGGCAACAAAUUAAGCUUCUUUGGCACCGGGGAAUGUUUUGUCUUCAGGCUAAAGCCAGAGAUGGAGCGCUACGAGUGGGUUGUGAUCCGUCACCCUGAGUUGGCUUCCUCCAUCAAGACUGAGGCUCAGGAGGACACGGAGUCUUCUGAGGCCCAAAACGCAGACAACAGCUUACAGCCGGAGAAGCCUGCUGGGCAUCUCUCUCCGUUUCUCUCUGCUCGCCACUUCAAUCUCAACUCCAAGAAUACGUCCAUGUUCAUGGCUGGAAACUUUGAUUCCAUUAUCAUUGGGGGAGGUGAGGGCAACGCUUUGUACAUCGACUCUGAGCUGAAUCACGGGCGCACUGGAAGGUGCACCACCUUCGACAACCCACCCCUGUGUACUGAGAGCUUCCAGGUCUCGCUCUUAGAGGUGUGGGGCUUCCAGGAUGCCAUGGCCUCAUAAUGGUGUACACCUGAACACGUCAAACAUUCAUUUUUGACAGUUGAAACGUAUCUCAUUAAAUUACAGUGAAACAAUAGGACGCCAUUUCAACAAUUGAAAUGAUCUUUUAAGGUUGAAUACACAAUGAUGCGAAUAGAACAAGAUCCGUCCAACAAAGUCAUUUAAGAUAUAUUAUUUAUUAAUGCAUUCUAUCAUGUGAAACUAUGUGAAGAAAUGUGAUAUAUUUGUUUGUUUUGUUUAUUUUUGUAUUUGAAGAUAAUAUGGUGUCCUAAAUAUGUGUAAUUAGUAACGGAAAUGUUCCAGAUUACAGUAUUCAUGCUGGUUUAAUUUCUGUGCUAUGUUCUCUCAAUAUGCCAAAUUUAGAGUAAAGCUUGCUCUGCAGUCCUUUGGUGAUGAUAUUUAUCAGCCUGUGUUGCUCAGCUUAUGUGUCUAACAUUUGUUGAAGUGAAGCCUUCCUUGUGUGGUAAAUGUGAAACGUGACGAUGGUGAAGUGAGGUUGUAUCAAGUCAGCCACAACUUAUUGGGUUAGUGCUGUCUCACUUUCCCACACUUCUUGAUUUUCAUCAUGUACCAAGUGUGAGAUCGGAGAAAUGAGUAAUUGGGGUUAAGGUAUGUAAAUGUACGUUUUGUUUUUUGCACCGUGCAUCAAAGCUUUAUUCAUUUAUCAUUUGGGUGUUAUGUGGUUAAGAAUGAAGAACAAAGAAAACCUUUUCAAAGUAAAGAGAAAAAGGUUUUAUGGUUACCAAGUGAAACAAAUGCAGUUGGAACAUUCUUUCAUUCAUGUGUCCCCUUUUGAUGUUACUGCCGUCCUUUCCAGUGCAAAGAGAUUCCUAAGUCCACUACGGUGCCCAACUGGCUAAGUGUUGUUGAAAUUCCACAUCUUACUUGUACUAGUUUGUAUGUGUUCAGACGAAUUGUAAGUUGACUGCAAAUGUAACCCAUUUGUGAAAAUACAGCAUUAUUGGGAAAUGAGUCUUGUUUGGUUACUUCCAAAUUCAUCCCUACAGUGCACUCGUAAACAGAUUUGAAUUCCUUCACAUGGUCACAGAAGUCU